UUAUAGAUGUGUGUGUGUAUUCCAGAUGUGUGGAUCAGUCACGGCGGCGUUAGUUGGGUUGGCCGGGUCGGGGUACUGUUUUGUCAUCUCUGCCAUGGCCAUGUUGGCGGGACCUUGGUGUGAGUGUGCCACCACUCUGGUAUGGUCCUAUCCCUUCGCCAACGAUGGAGGAAGGUACCUGUUUGAGCAGGAGACGUGGUCUCAGUGUUCGAAUCCCGUCAGCAUCGUGGAGUGGAACGUGACCCUGCUGUCCAUCCUGCUGGGUCUCAGUGGGUUGGAGUUCAUCAUCUGUUUCCUACAGGUCAUCAACGGACUGGUGACAGCUGUCUGCAGACCCUGCUGCUACAAACAGGACUAUACCCUCAACGCCUGAACACACACACACACACACACCACACACAC